AUGGAUAGUGAGUUGAGAUUUCAGAGGCUGGUAUUUACAAAAAGGAAGCCGACAAGAUUAACAUCUAAAGAGCUUCUUACCGCCAAGAAUGAAUCAAAGAAAACCGGGAUAACAACUACAGUAGGCAGCAGGACCAGAUCCAAGGCUGGACAUAAUCUAUUCAAAAAGCACAAGCAUGAGCAUGUGGCGAAUACUGCAAGCAAAGUUGGGAAUAAUUCCACUUUUGAGGAAAGAUUGGAAAAACAGAAUGUCUACGAUGCGGAAGAAUCUCGGGCCAAGCCCUUCACUCAUACGCCUGCCAACAAUACUGUAAAUCUCGGUGAAAAGUAUAAGGAAUGGGGUCCCUCCAUCAAUGGAUACAGAUUUUUAGACAAAGAGGAAAAGGUCAAUGAUUACAAUGUUCCAAAUGUUGAAGGCCAAGAUUCAUACGGUUUAUCAUAUCCAGAGGAUGCAGAACCAUUGACAAAACAUUUGCAAACCUACGACGAAUAUAUCCAAAAUUGGAGGGAGAACACAAGAUUAUAUUGGCCCAACGAAGAAAACUUGUGGACUUGUGUCAGUUACGACAGUAUAAAGCAAUUUUUGCGUGGCAGUCAAAAUCUAGCCGCUUUCAAGAAAAGACUGAAAGUCGAAAGAAUACGAUGGCAUCCUGACAAGAUGAAGCAGAAUAUUGACUGUAAUGAGAAAGAUUUAAUACUGGUUACUGAAACUUUCCAGCUGAUCAACAAGUUAUGGGAGGAUUUUUUCAAAGUAAAACAUAGUUAG